AUGGCAAAUCUCUCGCGCGAUGCCUCGAUUCGGUACGCCUCUGAUAGCAUUCAGGUGGUACUUGGCUACCAGCCACAUGAGGUGCUGAAUCGUUCAUGCUGGGAGUACUUUCAUCCCCAAGAACUUCCCUUUGCGCGCAGUGUCCAUGGUCGGGGUGUACGACUGGAUAAAGCGGCCGUGCUGAAUUAUUGUUCGAUUCGGCACAAAAAUGGGGCGUGGGUUGGGUGUGAGUGUGUCUUUACGGUUGUGUACGAUGUGUUGAUCGCAAGUACCACCAUUUAUGGGCGUGGGAAAGGCGCUCAAAAACGAGCUGUCGAUGCUCCCAUUGUCAGCCAGCUUUUCGACUCAUCUCCCAACGACCCACGAUACCACAUGCUGACUUUCAUUUCCAACAAAUUCUCGCAGCGUCUAUCUGAGCCACUUCAUGAGCCACGUGCAGCCAUGUUCGUGAAUAGAUUUACUCGCACAGCUACCAUCAUGUACGCUACUAGAGGCGUGUCAGAGAUCCUUGGACUGAGCCCGGACCAGCUUAUUUCCAAAAGCUUUUUCUACUGUAUCCAAGAAGCAUGUUUGCGGGAUGCCGUGCGAUGCCUGGAAAGUGCCAAAGCUAACGACUCGAUCGCAUACUUGCGAUUUUGGUUCCGAAAUCCCAUGCAAGAUGAGAAUCCGGAAAUGGGUCGCCAUGGGCUUGCCGCGUUCACAGACCCAAACCCACCUUUGGAGCUGGAAGCAGUCGUUUCAUGUACUUCGGAUGGCCUCGUUGUGAUUCUUCGUCGGGCACGCUCUCCUAUCCCCACUAGUGGUACAGUACCACCACAGCCCGUUCCGGUCUACUCUAAUGGAAUCUUUGCGGCACCAUGGGCAUUGGAACCGGUCUACUCUUACGGUGCGCCGUCCCAUGCCCAGGAGAACACUGUUCCAGGUCCAAUAUUUCCGGAAGCCCAGACUACUCUUUGCCGGGACGAUCACUCUGCUCCCUCCACGUACACUCCUAGUACCUCUGCGCACACUUUCCGAAUGCCUCGCUUCCAACCCGGUGCUAAAGCAGGUGGCUCCAGUGGUCCUCAGGCGCACAAUCUCAUGGAUACGAUUCGUGAUGUUGCUGUCUUUGCCUGGGGUAUCAUCGGCAUUAACCGAUCUCUUGAGCAGUACAAGUGUGGAACUCCAACAGGUGCCUCUCAGCCCGCAGAUGCGACGAUAGAUGAGAACUGGAAGAAUGAAGCUGCGGCGGGCCGUAACAACUGGGAGUGA